UCAUGGAACCUCAUACUCCCAUAUCAUUUAGAUUUAACGACCUUCCGACUGAGCUCGCCCUCAUCAUCUUCAAGCAUGCGGCACAACCACCUUUUGCUCAACAUGCCCCCUACACCCGAGAUCCGUACUCAUCUGCCCUUUCACUAUGCCAGGUCUCCAAAAUUGUCAGGCGCGCUGUGCUGCCUGAACUUCUGCACACAGUGUUAUUGUCAACAGCUCGCCAACUACUCGCUUUCAUAUGGGCUCUGCGUAUGCAGAAAAAAUACAUCGAUCAACAACAUGAUCUAGCUUUUGAUUACGCAUCUUGCGUGGACAUGAUGUCGAUCGGAGACUUUCGGGGGCCUUUGCAAAGCCCACCUAUUCCCUACUUUCCCCUUCCUAUGCCCGAGCUUGAAUGCGAGCUCGAUAUCAGUCUGCUCGCUCUAGUCAUUCUCGGUGCAUCGUCCCUCGCAAUCAACUUUAAUAAUCUAAAUCUUCUUUCAAAAUGCCUCAAACAUGCGUGUAACUCCGACGUCGACUUAAAUGUCGACCACAAAAAUUCUUUGCUUCCUUGGCGCACGAGAAGUUUGACGUUAUUGGGUAUGUUCUUUCGUUCAUGGUGGCCCUUCGUGGAGUCUGUCCAUGGAUAUGCUUUCCUCGCUUCCAUCCAACACCUCACCGUACUCGAUUCUGCAUCCUUCCAAGAAUGCCUGCCCUUCCAGUGCAACUGUGUUAGCGAAAUUGAAAUUGAAGGUUCUGUAUCCUAUCUCCAUCCUUUGUGCAUCGUGCGUGCUCCUUUCAAAGGACUGCAAACAUUCUCAUAUAUGGGUGAAGUUGGUCACGUUCCCUACUUCCGUGCUACCGGAGCCUUGUACACCAGAGGAAACAGAGUGGUUUAUUAAGAAUGGAGCGAUGUUUACUUCAUUCGUUCGAUUUCAACGGGUUGUAUUACGUUACAUAAUUUGAACAUAGUUGAAACUUUUAUGACGAUAGUACUUGCUCCGCAGUUAUUCCUUGUCUUGUCAGCAACAUGAAGUAUGAUCACGGUGAAAUUGACGGUCCA